CUCUUCAGUGUGAAUAGGUAGUAGCAUAGUUUCGGCAUAUCUCGAAUUCUGCACGCACGGCAAAGGUAAAACGAGAAACAACGCUGGCAGUGUAGCACCGUCUGUUUGUGCUGGCGGAUCUGGCAUCCGUAGGAACUGAGCGACUCGCUUCAGCAUAUCCCCACGCUGAACUGCCUCCGGGACAUAAUUCAAGACCAAUGAGAGGGAUAUGAUGUCGAACAAAUCAUUGGGGCUUUUGGGCAAUGGUCUUUCCAUGAAAUCCUGUUUCGCAAUCCCAGGACCUUGACUAUUCAAAUCGAUCCUCGUCAUGUCUAUCUCACCGCCGACCUUUGAGAUAUCAUUCUUCGUGGAUAACGCUCCAACUUCAAGGCACCGGUAUGUUUUGUCGGGUUUUGCGUCGGCUCCAGUAUCCUUGGGUGUGCUGCGGAGAACGCCUUCACGUUUCAACCAUUCGACAAGUAUUUUGCUAGAAUCACCCCCUCGAUCCUUUGAUUGACCUUGCUUACUUGCAGCUUGGUAGACUUUGAUUCCACCGUUGGCUUCGAUCGCCUUCUUCAGAGACUCUGCUGACUUAUCAUCACCGUUUUUCAGAGCCGUCGCGCGUUGUUUUUCCAGUCUAUGAUGGGUUUGGAUGAUGGUUCGUGAUUUUUGCGAGCUCAUAUGCUCUCUAGGUGUGAGUAUGGGCGGUCUUCCAUGAGACAGAGUCUUGGUUCGUUUCUUGACGGCCAUGGAUUUUCUUUUCGAAGCAACUCAAACAUGGCUCACUGAGAUUGUGUUUGGUGGGUACCAGUUGAUGCCGAGAACGUGAAAAGCACUAGCGUCUACGCUAGACCCGACACGGAUGGCUAAGCGAAUUUCGCAACUCUCGCACUUUUGAUCAUCUCAUAACUUCCUUUCCACUGUCAACCUCCACUAACCACAGCACAUCGUCACAAUGCCUCCCAAAGCCGGACAGAAAGGCGGUAAGCCGCAAAAGAAGGCCAAUGAAGCCGCUAAGGCUGCCCUCCGCGGUGUGAACUCGCACAAGGUCAAGAAGGUUCGCCUCAAUACCAGCUUCCACCGUCCCAAGACUCUGGAGCUCUCCCGCUCUCCCAAAUACCCCCGCAAGUCGAUCCCUUCGCAGCCCCGUCUCGAUGCCGGCAAGGUCCUCAUCCACCCACUCAACACCGAGUCCGCCAUGAAGAAGAUUGAGGAGAACAACACCCUCGUCUUCAUCGUCGACGUCAAGGCCAACAAGCGCCAGAUCGCCGCUGCCCUCAAGAACCAGUACGACGUCUCUACCGUCAAGAUCAACACCCUCAUCCGCCCCGACGGCUCCAAGAAGGCUUUCGCGAGGUUGACCCCCGAUGUUGAUGCGCUCGACAUCGCUGCUACCAAGCUCGCCAUCGUUUAAAUGGACUUGCUUCUGCAUUGGGUGUGCGUGGGAAAAGGAUACGAGAUACCAUGGCUCGGAAAAAGCGGUUAUGAUUGCAUGGCGUUUACGGGCAUGUCGUCCAUAGUGACUGGAAUGAAUCAAUUUCGACAUGUUGCCCAU